CUUAUUUUAUUCAUCACUUUAUGGGUCUUUAUGCUUUUUGGAAACUUGGUUGUUGGAAUGAAGUUUGUGCUUACCAUUGGGGGUGUUAAAUGGGGCAAAAGAUUGGAUAGGAGUAGCAGUUGGCACUUGAGGGCAGUAUGGCUUUGUAACUUGAGGUGCUGUGGCCAUUUGUGGUCACAUGACUCCAACCCACUGUCACCUCAGAAACCAGCAGCGCCUACUGCUCUUAUCCAAUCAUGUCAGGAAUGCUGGCCCUUACUCGGCUCAGGCUAUUUCUGCUGUCUGUCUCUGGUGCUUAGUAGUGCUAAGAGUCCCUUUUCCCCCUUACCCCUUUCACUUAUUAUCACUCCCUCUGCCCUCCGUUCAGUGUGUAGUGAAAAAGUUGUCUGCUCUCUCCGUGGCUCCUUUUGCUCGUAGUGUUGCGUCAGUACAGAGCAGUUGACUGGAAAAAGGUUUGUGGGAGGGGUGUCGAAUUGACAGGGGCAGAGAAAGAAGACUCGGCAAAAGAAUAGCAGUGGAAACCGAGGCACAAACCCAAAACUACUUCACAGUAAAAGAGUGAGCUCUGGGACCUUUGGAAAUGGCACAGCGUCUGCGUUUAUACUUUGGCUCUGGCCGCAGUAACACAGCCCCGGAGAUACUGGAGGAGAACUCAGAGGAGCAGCCACCAGGAGAGCGUGAUCCAACCGCAUCAGCCCAUGCCCAGGAGUCGCCUUUUGAAAACUUUCCAACCAGGACAUUACGGCUGCACUCAGAGCCUUCACUUAAGCGCAGUUCCUCUAUGUUUAUUCCCCAACUUUCCUCCUCCUUAGAAGCACGGCCGACUAAGAGCUCUUCAAUGCACAUCUCUCUCCAGCGCUCCAAUGGAUUUAACAAUGGAGAUUCCAGUAUCUGCAGUGACGAUGUCCCGCCACCUUCAUACAGCCCUCCAGGUCCUGCGCCUGCUUAUCCCGACCUCCCGAACCAGGAUGUCCCGCUACAGCCGCCUCCUCCCUAUCACAACCCAGACCCAAGCUCUUCCACUUGCUUUACUGAGCCAAACUUGCCCAAACGAAGAGUCUUCAGUAUUGGCUCCAAUGGAUAUACAGUCUACAGCAGAGCCCAGCCAAGUAUCAGUGUUGGUGGAAUCAGUAUCCAAAGGAAAUCCCCGGAUGGUAGCGAUAUCCAACAUGUCCGAAUCCUUCCUUAUGGAGGAGCAGGCUGGUGUGUUCAACAGCAAAACCCGGAUUAUAAUUCCGCUGCUAAUGGGGAAACGCAGAGAGUAGUCUUUCAACUCCAGCAAAACCAGAACCCUCAGAGUCACAGUGACAACCAAGAAUGGCAACAACAUAAUAUCGCCAGUGUAACCAGUUCAAAGGGAAACCGCAUUGUCCGCUACCCCAGAAUAAGGCUAGAAAGAAGCUCCUCUUAUCCAAAAUUAUAUCAACGUCAGGAAACUGGAGGUAUAAACAUAGAAGAAAACCAACAAGGCAUGGACACCCAGCAGAGAAACAGGGCCAAUGGUUAUGUGUUGAAUUUAAGUGGAGACUCACAAAGAAGUAAGCCACGUUUCAAGAUAUAUUUCAAUUCUGGAGGAGGAGGAGGGGAUCAAAAUGUUGACGAUGGUUCCACGUGGAAUGAUCCUAAGGCUGUAUCCAAGAAUGGGCUUUUCCAUCUGGGACAGACCAGAGAUGAUUUCCUGGGACAAGUUGACGUUCCCCUCAGUCAUCUGCCGACUGAAGACCCGGCCAUGGAGCGUCCCUACACAUUUAAAGACUUCCUCCUGCGACCCCGAAGUCAUAAAUCCAGGGUGAAGGGCUACCUACGUCUAAAAAUGGCCUAUCUUCCAAAACAAGAUGGACAUGAGGAGGACGUAGGAGACAUGAGGGAGGAGGCUGAGGGCUGGGAAGACUCUGCUGACUCCGGCUCACAACGACCACAGCAGCUAGUGCCGCCUUUACCGCCAGGCUGGGAGGAGAAAGUGGAUAACCUGGGACGCACCUAUUUUGUCAAUCAUAACAACCGCUCGACGCAAUGGAAGAGGCCCUCAAACAUCGAUGUUAUUUCGGAAACUGAGAGUGAUACUCAGCAGCGGCAGAUUCACCAAGAAGCCCAUAGAGUUUUCCGCUCCAGGCGCCACAUCAGCGAAGACUUAGAAAACGAACACCUUGAACCCAGAGAGUUGGAUAAUUCUUGGGAGUUGAUCACAGAGGAGGAUCCCAAUGACGCAUUAGCCCAGUCUCUGCCCAGUACUUCUUCUUCUGUUUUGACACCACAGCAUCCUCCAACACCGGUCACUCAAGAGUUCUCUGAAGAUUUGAACAUGAGACUGUCCCUCACAACAGAUACAAAUGGUGAAAUGCCAGGACCAAGCACUGCUCUGCAGGGCCAGCUAACAAAUAGACUCCGCUCAUCCAGCAUGACAGAUGGUGUCAGUGACCAGGCCCAAGCCCCUCCUCUAAUGAGAAGUUCCCAAUCCAGAAGAACGAGAGCUCAGACAGUCACAGGUGGCGAGGAGCCCAUGUCUCCUUCUGCCACCACUUACUCCCUGACCACACCUGGCCUGCCCCCUGGAUGGGAAGAGAGGAAAGACGCCAAAGGAAGAACAUAUUACGUCAACCAUAACAACCGCACCACAACCUGGACUAGGCCCAUUGUACAGCUCACUGAAGAUGGAGCCAGCACAUCUGCCGCAGCCUCUGGAGGAGCAUCAGCGUCAGCAUUGGCCCCCACCUCCACCCCCUCCUCCUCCAAUGCUUCUAACAACCACCUCCAUGAGCCCCAAGUCCGACGGCCCCGUAGCCUCAGCUCCCCCACUGUCACCCUCUCCACCCCCAUGGAGGGAGCCAACAAUAUUCCUGUUCGAAGGGCAGUCAAAGACACCUUUUCCAACCCGCAGUCUCCUCAGCCGUCACCCUACAGCUCACCCAAGUCGCAGCAUAAGACGCAACAGAGCUUCCUACCCCCAGGCUGGGAAAUGAGAAUAGCCCCUAACGGACGACCUUUCUUCAUCGACCACAAUAGCAGAACAACCACUUGGGAUGAUCCUCGAUUAAAGUAUCCUGUCCAUAUGAGGAAUAAGAACUCAAUGGAGCCUGGUGACCUUGGGCCGCUUCCUCCGGGAUGGGAAGAAAGAGUCCACACAGAUGGUCGCACCUUCUACAUUGAUCACAAUACGAAGAACACUCAGUGGGAAGAUCCUCGACUGCAGAGUCCAGCCAUCACUGGACCAGCUGUCCCCUACUCGAGAGAAUUCAAGCAAAAAUAUGAUUAUUUCAGAAAGAAAUUAAAGAAACCGGCGGACAUUCCUAACCGCUUCGAGAUGAAGCUGCACAGAAACAACAUCUUUGAAGAGUCCUACCGCCGCAUUAUGUCCUUGAAGAGACCAGACGUCUUGAAAGCUCGGCUCUGGAUCGAGUUUGAGUCUGAAAAAGGCCUGGACUAUGGCGGAGUGGCCAGAGAGUGGUUCUUUCUCUUGUCUAAAGAGAUGUUUAAUCCUUACUAUGGCCUAUUUGAAUACUCUGCUACAGAUAAUUACACUCUUCAAAUCAAUCCUAACUCUGGUCUGUGCAAUGAGGAUCAUCUGUCGUACUUCAAGUUCAUUGGGCGUGUGGCAGGAAUGGCUGUAUUUCAUGGAAAACUAUUGGAUGGAUUUUUUAUUCGACCUUUUUACAAAAUGAUGCUCGGAAAGCAGAUUUCUUUAAAAGACAUGGAGUCUGUGGAUAGUGAAUACUACAACUCCCUCAAGUGGAUCCUUGAAAAUGACCCCACUGAGCUGGAUUUAAGGUUCUGUAUUGAUGAAGACAACUUUGGACAGACGUACCAGGUUGAUCUGAAGCCCAAUGGUUCUGACAUGGUGGUGACCAAUGAGAAUAAAAAGGAAUACAUUGACCUAGUCAUCCAGUGGAGAUUUGUGAACCGCGUGCAGAAGCAGAUGAACGCUUUCCUGGAGGGUUUCACGGAGCUCAUUCUCAUAGAUCUUAUCAAGAUUUUUGAUGAAAAUGAAUUGGAGCUGCUCAUGUGUGGUUUGGGUGAUGUAGAUGUCAAUGACUGGAGACAACACACUGUUUACAAGAAUGGCUACUGCCCUAAUCAUCCCGUUAUCCAGUGGUUUUGGAAGGUGGUGCUGUUAAUGGAUGCUGAAAAGAGGAUCCGACUUCUUCAGUUUGUCACUGGAACAUCACGAGUGCCAAUGAAUGGCUUUGCUGAACUUUAUGGUUCUAAUGGCCCACAGCUGUUCACUAUUGAGCAAUGGGGGACAUCAGACAAGCUGCCAAGAGCUCAUACGUGUUUCAACCGCCUGGAUCUCCCAGCCUACGACUCCUUUGAGGAUCUGAGAGAGAAACUUCUCAUGGCUGUGGAGAAUGCACAGGGCUUUGAGGGCGUUGACUAAAGUGUCUGUGGCCACACACUGCACAACAAACAAUCCAAACCAGACACAUGCCACAGGGAAGUCCAAGCAGCUGUCGGCCGUAGCAGUUCUCUCAGAGCAUGUUGUACUGUAAUCCUGACUGCAACAUGACACACGGCAGCCACUUUCUGGAACAGUUAUGUCUUCAUCUUUCAAUCUUUUUAAUGUGAGUUCACUACUUGAGGGUGAGCCAAAUGCUGCGUCUUUCUAAUGAACAGGCAUGAACAGUGACUGACAAGCUGCCCGUGUACAGUCUAUUUCACUAUUCUCCUUGUCCUGUGAAAAUCUACAGUGCUGGAAUAACACUAAUGCAUUUCAAGAGCUCCUUUGUGGAUGUUAUAGCACAGUAUUUGAGCACCCUUCAGUGAAUGGGUCCAAGCAUGGCCUUAAUCUGGCUCAUUCAUGCACUAUUUCUCUAUCAAACCUGCAAAGGCACUAUGAUCACAUAACUCUCAGAUCCUUCGACCAACACCAGAUUACCUUAGGAAUGCUAGCCAAUCAAAAAUCAGGAAAUGGGCGUACUUCACAGUAAAGCCUUGUCUAAGUUUUGUGGUCACUUAUUGCCGCUGCAGCCUUUUAUAAAAUAAUUUACUCUUUUUUUUUUUUUUUAGCUAUAUGGAAGGGUUUGAGAACGGGGGAUGCAAACGUCCCAAAAGAUGAAUUUUAUAGUUUUUGUGAGUUUUCAUGGAAAAAGAUGAUUUUUUUUUUUUUUUUAAAUCAUUAGUUAUGAAUAUAAUUCUAAUAGGAAUUUCCUCUCAAACCUGUUUGUACUGAUGAACAAUGAUGUUUACUAUUUUGACAGUUCAAUAUAAUCAUGUGAUGUGUAAGGCUAGUCUGGGGAAUAAUUAGUCCAUAUCAUUUGUUAAAGUGAUAGCAAAUAUGUUGCAUAAAAUGGUUUAUAUUGUAUUGCUACGGAAGCAGCAUGAAACUGUACCCUGUGUUUGCUUUAAAUACAUAGUUAAUGAACGUGCAAUCAGUCUUGAUGGAGUUGAAGGGCCAACUAAAAAGUUGGUUAGUUGCAUCGCUACUAUAACCAUAUUCUUCUGCCUGUUGCUGUUCAUAAUGCUGUAAAUUGUUAUUGAAAAAAAUACAUUUUAAGUCCUUUCAUGAUAUAUAAAUAUGUGUAUAACAUUAAAUAGAAGUAUUACUGAUUAAUGACACUAAAUGAAGCUGUGUGUGAAGGUGACUGAGAGAGAAACUGUGAUUGUCACUAAAUUUAAAACCGCAUGUUAAGAUUUAUGUUUUCUUUACCUACAAACCAAAAGGGCACUUUAUUGAUCACUCCAAGGUCAUGUGAGUAUUGUACAUCUUAUGUCAUUAACAUGAAUGUGAUUCUUUCCAUUUGGAGCACGCACUUGGUGCAAUAUACAAUAGUCUAAGUCUUAGCUGCUACUAACAAUAAAACAGAUUGGCACAAGUAAUUUGGAAGCAUCUAUUUCUUUUGUACUUUCCUGCUUAAAUAUCCCAGCCCACUGU